UAACACGCCAUGGCGUCCACUUUUGCGACGAAGGCACACAAUCGAGUACAAUUCCCUUGCAGCCACCAGGUUUGACUUCAUAGCCAGGCCGAUGAUUGAAGAACUUCCCUGUGGUACAGUGCAGAUAUGUGCUCACGGAGCAGGCCUGCGAGACAGUGCGUGGGAGUGUCGGUCUUUUGUGGAAGGCAGACAGGCAGGAGAUUAUUCACUCAUGCGAUUGUUUCACAAGGCUGAGGAUUAAUUGUGCGAAACUCCGCGCGCAUUCAGUUGAGUGACGCAACAAUUUACUCUCGUGCUGGAGAGACUCUACAGCCAUACUUACAGUUGUAAGUUUGAUAUUAUAUGCGCAGUCACUUGUUUUGGACGAACUGGGUUUGGGUGCAUCUUGUAGAAGGAUACGUUAGCUGAGUUUGUAGACGUGAAUUGGGUGCCACUUUUGCGAGAGAUUGGGUUUUAAUAUUUGAGAUUAAAUGUUAACUUCGCAUCCACGAUUACGGGGGACAACAUGUAGGAGAUCUUUUGCGGUUCUGAUCACUAGAGUAGACUGAAUUAGCAGAUGCAGGAGGUGAUCAGUCGGAAGCUCUGUUUUCACUGCAACCACAGAGCGGUGGGUGAAGAUGCAAAGUGCUAGAAUAGAUUGAGUCGGUUGCUGGAGCCAAUAUUCAAUUAGGUUCUGGUGUUAUUGAAUAGGCAUCUUAAUGUGCCUGUGUCUCUGCCUCUUGCAAUGAAUGAUUAUCUUGCGGAGCUAGUGUCGCUAAGGAAAUCGCAAAACGACUCGCUAGGCUACGAUAAUUCUGUUCUCGUCUGCUAAACUGAUCACCGGAUGGUUUCAAAACGUUUAGGCAUCCUUCGAAGACCAAGAAGAUGGCUGCUAAUGGGGAUGCUGUCGCUGCUCCGGUUGAAGGCCAGAAGUCCGGGUGCCAUCUUUUGGUGAUUCCAUAUCCUGCUAGGGGGCACAACUUGGCAACACUUCAGUUGGCUCGAAUGUUUUUGCCAUAUGGAGUCCGCAUCACUGUGGGAAAUAUUUUCGACAACAUGGCACAAGAUUUCCUCGACAUUUGCCGAGCAGAGGACAUGACAGUUGUGAAUUUGGGUGUUCGUCCUGCUGACCACCCUGUCAAUACGAACUUGCCAUAUUUUGACGUUGUGAAGAGAGUACAAGGCGAGACGGAGCAGUUGGUUGAGAGGCUUAAUGCAGACACUGAAUCACCUCCCCUGACAUGCAUUUUGAGCGACAUUUUUCUAGGGUGGACACAGGACGUGGCGGACAAGUUUGGCAUACCAAGAUACGUCAUAUGCGCAUCGAUGGGCAAGGUUAUGGCAGCCUUGCUCUAUAUGCCCGAGCUUGCAGCUCAAGGAAUACUGCCGGUGGAACCCUCCAAAACAUCUGAGCUUGUACAUAUACCUGGACUUCAGCCCACUAGGUGUGGCGACCUAUCUCCAGCCGUUCAAACUGCAUCCGGCCUACACAUGUACACAGAAUACGUCUACGGCUGUUGCCAGCCCGCUGUGGAAGCUCCGGGGUGCUUUAUCAAUUCAUUCUACGAGCUGGAGCCCUCUUGUAUCGAUUCUCUUCGAUCUCAUCCUUAUCGGCGUGCACACUCUCAGGGGCCUAAUGGAAGGAGCGUCUUUCCAGUUGGGCCUUUGGUACAUGACUCAUAUUUGGAGCUAUUGAGGUCUGGUCCAACCGUGAAGCGAUGUAGCUCAGUGGAACCUGAAGCUCCCUACUUGAAAUGGUUAGACAUGCAGCCAAAAGAUUCAGUGAUUUUCGUGAGUUUUGGAAGUUUGGCCUCUUUAUCCAUUCAACAAAUACGUGAAUUAAUAUUAGGCCUGGAAGCAAGCAGUCAUCGAUUCCUCCUGGUAAUUCGGCCUACCGCUUCUGAGGACGCCGAUGAAAUACUCCCCCUGCUUACGAAAAGCUUCGAGGAGCAAAGACUUUCAACUGGAUUUGUGCAAUCUGAGUGGGUAAACCAGUUCGACGUCCUGUCUCAUCGGGCUGUAUGUGGUUUUCUCUCUCAUUGCGGGUGGAACUCCACUUUUGAGAGCAUCUGCCGAGGCGUGCCUCUCUUGGGGUGGCCAAUUCAAGCAGAUCAGAAGCUAAAUUGCAGGUUUCUUGUUGAUGAAGCCAAGACUGCACUCGAAGUGCAUAAAGGACCGAAUGCUUUUGUAUCGAGAGAGGAGGUGGCGCGAGCUGUUCGGCAAUUGAUGACCGAACCUGAGGGAGAAGUUAGAGCGAAUGUGGGGAAGCUGCGUGAGCAGUUAAAGGAAGCAGUUUCUAAAGACGGAUCAGUGCAAAGGAGCAUAGAAAAUUUUCUUGCUGAGAUAAGAUCGUCAAACAACUAGGUGACCGUUUAACAGUCAACUUUGAGUUGCUCACAGUUGUUCGGUUCUUAUGAAAUCGCCUCGUGUAUACCAUUUUCAUUGUAUUCUAUGGGUAAGGGACUCUAGUGAUGAUUUCAGAGCAUGCUGGCCAGGAAAGUUAAGAGCAACUCAGACACUUUUUUAGUGUUGAAAGACACCCAACGCGAGCUUCUCAUGGUAACACACGGAGCCUAUCAGAUUCGAACGCUAGCUUGAGGGUAAAUCGCUGUCUCAUUGUAUUACAUUACAAACAUGUAACCGAAUUUUUUUGUUUGACCUCAGUUCUUCGGGACUCCGAAGUAUUCGACGAUGCCGUUAAAAAAUAA